AAGUACAUGUGGCACGUAUUUUUUACUCUUAUUUUGGUGUUGUGGGUCCCCUCAUUGGAGCGUUCAAAAUUCUAAAAAAUCAAAAACAAAUGGAAACUAAAAAUUCCGAGACACUGAUCCCAUUUUCAGAUGCAUACAAGGUUCUCUUAGACGUAAGACGUAACUUAAAAUCAUUCAAAACAUUGCCGUCACUCCUGAGGACUCAGAUAAUAAUCGGUUUGGAAAAGAUAGAAUCGCUGUUUUUAGAAAAGAACAUAUUUCUUUCGUAUUUUGUCAAAAAGCUGAUUAAAUUACGCCAGGCGUUGAAAUAUUAUGAGUACACUCAUAAAGAUAAUAACUUGAGAAAGGCGAGCGUCUUAUUACGAGAAAGACUUAACUUGGUGCUAAAAUACAAAGCUCAGUUAAUUAAAAAACACGACGAAGUGGUUCAAAGAGAGGAAAAGGUUGAACUCGAAACUAACGGAGCUAAAGUGUCAGGGAAAUUGUUCACUUGCGAAAAAAAUGUAAACACGGAUUCGAAUCGAUACCAGGAUAUCCUCUCGAUCCGGAAGAAUAUAGUAAAGAUUCAGAAGUGUCUGCCAUGUACGAAGCUGUUGUAUGACGACAACGUGGACAUACUGAGCGUGACAGAGCGUCUUCAAACUUUGCUGACCUGGGAUAGAAAAACCCUUUCAGCCAUAGAACCGGAAAUUGCCGUUCUGAAAAUACUACUUCUGGAAGGAAAGCGAUCGGUUGAACCAAUCCGAGCCAUUGUCAAAACUUUGAAGGAAAUCAUUGCAACGAUUAGAAAGGAUCCGGGUGUAAAACCUGUAAUCAGAAAUAGCUUGUUGAAGAACAUUAUGUUUCGGGACGCAACGCUGCGCACUCAGAUCUUGCAGAUAGAUAUGGACAUUCCUGAAGAUAGUGGAGACGAGAGCCCCAAAUACAAAAUGGUAUUUUCAAAACAGGAAUUGCUCGUCGACAACUAAUUGGGCCAAUAGGGAAACUAUUGAUUUGAAUCCAAAUAGGAAUGUAUGUCUAGCAUCUCCAUUCUUCUAAGACUGAAUAGUCAAACAGUUUAACAUCUAUAAAUGAUUGAAAAUA